CGACCUUAUGAGACGUACCCGUUCAGGAAGUGUGUCGCACUCGGCGCGUCGUGUCUGCUGCAUUGCCCACGAUCCAUUCAACAACCUUUCUUUCUAAUGUACAAUAAAGACUGAGGUGUCACUGAAGCUUGUUGAGAUGGCCUCCACAGAGAAGGAGACCCCAGCUAAGAAGGCUGCAGCACCGUCUGUUUCACAAAUAAAUGCAGAAUAUGUCACGCAGUUGGCAAACAAAUACUGGGCUCCACAUGCAAAGAAUAAACUACCGUUUGACCCCAAGGUCAUGGAGGAUAUUUAUGAUAAAGAGAUUCUUCAGGCUAAGUUUGCCAUCAGAAAAAUUAUGCUUCUUGAAUUCAGCCAAUACCUGGAAAACUACCUGUGGGUGAACUACACCCCGAAAGUGUCCAGCAAUGCCUUCCUCAUGUCUAUCUGUUGUAUCGUCAAUGAGAAGUUCAGAGAAAAUGUUCCAGCGUGGGAGGUGUUUAAGAAGGAGCCCACCCAUUUCCCUUUCUUCUUCAAAUGUGUCAUGGAAGCCGUGCUGGCAGGCGAGGAGGCAGCCCUCACCCUGAAGGAACAAACUGUCCUCCUUGUCUUCCUGGACCACUGCUUCAACAGUCUGGAGGUAGAUUUGAUCAGAGAGCAGGUGCAGCAGCUCAUCUCUCUGCCUAUGUGGAUGUGCCUCUUACCAGCCAGACUCCAGCACGAGCUGAAGAAAGUUCCAAAGCUGCAGAAGUUCUGGAAUCUAAUCAAGAAGAAAUUUGAUAAGAUGGAUGCAGACGCAGCACAGCAGGCAGUCAAGGAGAGGACCUUCCUCUCGGCUCUCAUUAAGAAGUUUUUCGGAGUGCUCACGUCUAUACCCCCGUCAGGUCCUGUGUCUAUGGACAAAGUGCAUUACUGCGAGAGAUUCAUCGAACUCAUGAUCGAUCUGGAGGCUCUGCUGCCGACCAGACGCUGGUUCAAUACAGUGCUGGACGACUCCCACCUGAUGGUCAGCUGUAACCUGUCCAGCCUGAAGCAGAGAGAGAAGGAGGGCCACCUCUUCUGUCAGUUGCUGGACAUGCUGAAGUUCUACACAGGUUUUGAGAUCAAUGACCAGACAGGAAAUGCCCUGACUCAGAAAGAGAUGACCAACCUGCACUACGACAAAAUCACCUCACUGCAGAGGGCCGCCUUCGCUCACUUUCCAGAGCUGCAUGACUUUGCUUUGUCCAACGUGGCCGCUGUAGACACUCGGGAGUCCUUGACCAAACAGUUUGGACAUCUCAGUCCCAACAUGCUCCACCAGGUGGCGUCGUACCUGUGUCUGCUGCCGGAGCUGCCUGAAGGCCAGGACACCACCAUUGAGAAAGAGGUUCUCCUGGAGUUGCUGGUCUCCCGUCACGAGCGAAGAAUCUCUCAGAUUGAGCAACUGAAUCUGAUGCCGCUUUACCCAACAGAGAAGAUCAUCUGGGAUGAGAACAUUGUCCCAACGGAGUACUACUCAGGCGAAGGCUGCCUUGCUCUCCCUAAGCUGAACCUCCAGUUUCUAACCCUGCACGACUACCUGUUGAGAAACUUCAACCUGUUUCGUCUGGAGUCCACCUACGAGAUCCGACAGGACAUUGAAGACGUGAUCUUUCGCAUGAAGCCAUGGCAAUCAGAAUACGGCGGAGUGGUGUUCGGCGGCUGGGCCAGGAUGGCUCAGACCAUCACCGCCUUCUCCAUCGUAGAGGUCGCCAAGCCCAACAUCGGCGAGAGCUGGCCGGCCCGGGUCCGGGCCGACGUCACCGUCAACCUCAAUGUGCAAGAUCACAUCAAAAAUGAAUGGGAAGGCCUACGGAAGCAUGAUGUUUGCUUUCUGAUCACCGUGAGGCCCAACCUGAUCUACGGCACGCGCUUCGACCGGCGCCAGCCCUUCGUGGAGCAGACCGGCCUGGUGUACGUGAGAGGGUGCGAGGUGCAGGGCAUGCUGGAUGAAAGGGGGCGUGUCAUCGAAGAAGGGCCUGAACCGAAGCCCAAGCUGCGAGGAGAUUCCAGGACGUUCCGCGUGUGGCUGGACCCCAACCAGUACCAGCAGGACAUGACCAGCAGCAUCCAGAGCGGCACCGAAGACCCCUACGAGACUUUCAACAUCAUCAUGAGACGCAAACCCAAGGAGAACAACUUCAAGGCUGUGCUGGAGACCAUCAGACACCUGAUGAACACCGAAUGCGUGGUGCCGGACUGGCUUCACGACAUCAUCCUUGGCUACGGCGACCCCGGAAGCGCGCAUUAUUCCAAAAUGCCCAAUCAGAUCUCCACGCUGGAUUUCAAUGACACGUUCUUGAAUCUGGAUCACUUGCGGUCGUGCUUCCCCGAUCACACGAUAAAAGUCACCGAGGAGACGCCUGAACUGCAGGUGCCCCCAUUCAGAAUCAAGUUCCCCAUCACAGACAGUGCCAACAAAGGAAAGAAGAGGAAGGCCGAGGAAGAAAAGGAGGAAAAAGAGGAGGACAGGACUCUGAUCGUUGAACCCUACGUGACUCCAAAUCGGGGACCGUAUCCCUACAACCAGCCCAAACGGAAUACAAUUCAGUUCACACCCACUCAGAUCGAAGCCAUCCGAGCCGGGAUGCAGCCGGGACUAACCAUGGUUGUAGGCCCUCCCGGCACAGGAAAGACCGACGUUGCCGUUCAGAUCAUCUCAAAUCUUUAUCAUAACUUUCCUGAACAGAGGACCCUCAUCGUAACACACUCAAAUCAGGCUCUGAACCAGCUGUUUGAAAAGAUCAUGGCUCUUGACAUUGACGAGCGCCACCUCCUGCGUCUGGGCCACGGAGAGGAGGAGCUGGAAACGGAGAAGGACUUCAGCAGGUACGGGAGAGUAAACUACGUCCUGGCCAGACGGCUGGAGCUGCUCAGGGAGGUUGGGAGGUUACAGGAGAGCCUGGACGUUCCCGGAGAUGUUUCUUACACCUGCGAGACCGCCGGGCACUUCUACCUCUACCAGGUGAUUUCGCGCUGGGAGGAGUACAUGAGCAAAGUCAGGCCCAAACAGGGCAAGGAGGUGGCGGCGGAGGCCGUCGCCGCGCACUUCCCCUUCCACAAGUACUUCUCCAACGCCCCGCAGCCCGUGUUCAAGGGCCGGUCCUACGAGGAGGACAUGGACAUCGCAGAAGGCUGCUACCGCCACAUCAAGAAGAUAUUCACCCAGCUGGAGGAGUUCCGGGCCUUUGAGCUGCUGAGAAGUGGACUCGACCGCUCCAAGUAUCUCCUGGUGAAGGAAGCCAAAAUCAUCGCCAUGACCUGCACACACGCCGCCCUCAAACGGCACGAUCUGGUGGAGCUGGGAUUCAAGUAUGACAACAUCUUGAUGGAAGAAGCUGCUCAAAUCCUGGAGAUCGAGACCUUCAUCCCUCUGUUGUUACAGAACCCAGAGGACGGCUACAGCCGACUCAAGCGUUGGAUCAUGAUUGGAGACCACCACCAGCUGCCCCCGGUCAUCAAAAACAUGGCGUUCCAGAAAUACUCCAACAUGGAGCAGUCUCUCUUCACCAGAUUUGUGCGCCUGGGAGUACCCACCAUCGAUCUGGAUGCACAGGGCCGUGCGCGUGCGAGCUUGUGCAAUCUGUACAACUGGCGCUACAAGCACUUGGGCAACCUGCCUCACGUCCAGCAGCUCCCCGAGUUCCAGGUCCCCAACCCCGGCCUGACCUUUGACUUCCAGCUCAUUAACGUGGAGGACUUCAAUGGAGUUGGAGAAUCUGAGCCCAACCCCUACUUUUACCAGAACCUUGCCGAAGCGGAGUAUUCGGUGGCGCUCUACAUGUACAUGCGUCUGCUGGGCUACCCCGCCGACCGCAUCAGCAUCCUCACCACGUACAACGGACAGAAGCACCUGAUCAGAGACGUCAUCAACCAGCGCUGUGGUUCAAAUCCCUUCUUUGGCCAGCCUAAUAAGGUUACAACGGUGGACAGGUUCCAGGGUCAGCAGAACGACUACAUCAUCCUCUCACUGGUUCGCACCAAAGCCGUGGGACACCUCAGGGACGUGAGGCGUCUGGUGGUGGCCAUGUCGAGAGCCAGACUGGGUCUCUACAUCUUCGCCCGAGUGUCGCUGUUCCAGAACUGCUUCGAGCUGACGCCCGCCUUCAACCAGCUCACUGCCAGACCACUGCAGCUGCACAUCCGACCACAUGAGUACUACAACCAGGAACAGCCGAGAGACGCGUCUGGACAGCCCGACCAGAUCGUGAAGAACAUGCCGGAGAUGGCGAACCUGGUGUACAGCAUGUACAUGCACAUGAUCCAGACCUCUCAGAAGUACAGACAGCAGCAGCAGCAGCAGAAGUCGCUGGCUUUGCCUCCUCAACAAUCCAAGGCCGAAGCCGAGGCGGAGAAAGCUCCGGCCGGCGCCGAGGAGCCGCAGGAGGAAACCCCCAUGGAGCAGGAGACCCAGGAGGGCGAGGCUAAACCGGCUGAACCACAGCCCGGCUCAGAGGACGACAAGCAGGAAGCGGCGGACGGCGGCGGCAAGAUGCCGGAGCAUCCCGGAAGAGACAGCGACAGCGAGGAGGAGCAGGAGCAGUAGAGCAACGUCAUGAGGGACUAUUGAGAAACUAUUAAAAAGAAAGUGUAAAGAUGAGUUAGUGAAUGUUUUGUACUGAAUCGACAUCCUGAUCAUUUUUGAAUAUUUUUCAUUCUGAAACAUUUUGUACUUUUUUUCCUGCAUUUACUUUAAUAAAAAACUUGAAU